AUGGCCGAGGCAGACUCAAGCUCGGUUGAGCCCCAGGCCCGGCAUGUCGUAUACUGUGGAGUGCUGCUGGACACAGUCUGUACUCUACCCCCCGAGGUUCGUGAUUUACCUCCAGCUCUCACCCGGAUGGAAGUCAAGGCUGGCUCUUGGUGGCUCAAUGCCUCUGACGAGAAUUCUGAGUACUGCGAAUUUGGAGGCACUGCCAAAAAAUGUGAAGACUGGCUGAAAGACGAACACGAAGAUCUCUGGACACGAUUAUACUCGGAUGAUGCACUCAAUGCCAAUCUCUCCUCCCUCUCCGUCUCCGCCCAGGAACGUGCCGCCAAGGAUGCCGCGAAGAAGGAAGCCAAGGCGGCUCAGGUGGAAGCCCGCGAUGCCGAGCGCAAGGCCGCCUCUAAGGUCCAGAUCAAGCGCGUGGAGCGCAAUAAGCGCAAGCAUGUGACGGUCAUCAUCGGCCUGGAGGUCUUUGGGCUCGAGAAUAAAAAGCUGGCCAAGGAGCUCGGCAAGAAGUUCGCGACCGGCUCCUCAGUCACCCGAUCCCCGGCCGGCGCGGAGGAAAUCACCGUGCAGGGCGACGUCAGUGACGAUGUGCGAGACUGGCUGCUGGAGGUUUACGGUAGCAAGGUGCCCGAGGCGAACAUUGAAAUGAUUGAGGAUAAGAAGAAGAAGAGUACAACUACUUAG